AUGAACCGGGGGGCGCUUACUAUCGGCAUCAGCAGAGUCGAUCCUAUUGCCGCUCAGAGUGACCAUCGCUCAGGGCCAGAGACGGGUCCGCCAGUCCGCGCGGGCGUCCCGUCUCCGCCUUUGCAGCAGCACCAUGAUAAGCAGACCGAUUUCGGGUCGACUCCAGCCGGUAAUGGCAGGGGGCACGCUGAUGGCGAUUGGAUGAACAGCCUCGUGGGGUGA